GAGAGAGAGAGAGAAAAGAGAGAGGGCGCCUGUUCAGCGCGGUCCAUCCAAUGGUGAGGAGCUGACUGAGUCGCUAUGGUGACGAGAUUGUUUCGACAGAGGCUGUGAUGGGUUGACAGGUGCGUGACAGUCGCGUCUGUGCAAGCAUGUACGCCAAAGGCAAGAACAGCGUGCCAUCGGAUAGUCAAGCCCGAGAAAAGUUAGCUCUGUAUGUGUAUGAAUAUCUGCUACAUGUUGGAGCUCAGAAAUCAGCACAGACCUUCUUGUCAGAGAUUCGAUGGGAGAAGAACAUAACAUUAGGAGAGCCGCCUGGGUUCUUGCACUCGUGGUGGUGUGUUUUCUGGGACCUCUACUGUGCCGCUCCUGAGAGGAGAGAAACAUGUGAGCACUCAAGUGAAGCCAAAGCUUUUCAUGACUAUAGUGCAGCAGCGGCACAGAGUCCGGUGAUCGGAAGUCCUCCUGGAGACGGUAUGCCUUUGCCCCCGGGAUUUUUUCAGCAGUUUAUGUCUCCUCGAUACCCAGGUGGGCCCAGAGGUUCUCUCAGAAUACCCAAUCAGGCUUUGGGGCCUGGGAACCAGCCCCUCCUACCCAGUGGGUUGGAUCCUACAAGACAGCCAGGCCAUCCCAGCAUGAGUGGGCCCAUGCAGCGUAUGACCCCUCGGGGAAUGGUUCCUAUUGGACCACAGAACUAUGGUGGUGGGAUGAGACCUCCCCUAAAUGCCUUAGUAGGACCUGGGAUGCCUGGGAUUAACAUGGGUCCUGCAGGAGGAAGACCAUGGCCAAAUCCUCCAAAUAACAAUUCGAUUCCUUAUUCAUCUGCAUCUCCAGGCAGUUAUUCGGGUCCCCCAGCAGGAGGCGGCCCUCCGGGAACACCCAUCAUGCCCAGUCCCGCAGAGUCAAACAACUCAAGUGACAACAUGUACAGCAUGAUCAGCUCAGUCCCUCCAAAUGGAAACAGACCAAAUUUUCCAUUAGGUUCAGGUUCUGAUGGCCCAAUAGGCAGCAUGGCAGGCAUGGAGCCUCAUCAUAUGAAUGGUUCAUUAGGAUCUGGUGACAUUGAAAGCCUCCCAAAGAGCUCACCAGGAAACCUCAGCAUGAAUAAUCAGCCUGGCACACCAAGAGAUGAUGGAGAAAUGGGUGGCAACUUCCUCAACCCUUUUCAGAGUGAAAGCUAUUCUCCAAACAUGACAAUGAGCGUGUGAGAGGACAGCACAGGAGUUACGCUUUCAGUGUUCUACACAAAAACAGAAUUUUCUCCCAACCGGCUCUUUGGUUUUCUACUCAUUUUGUCUUUGGUGAACUAUUGUGUAAUUACAGUGACGUCGUCCUACACCAAAUCGGAAUAAACCUAAGCAAGCCAUGAAAGGAAGCAGAAGACACCUAGAAUAAGUUUGGGAUUCACACAGGGCUUAAUCCAUUCAUUUUCUAUGUACAUGUUUAUGUUAUUUUUAUGUUGUGUGCUAUGCAGCAUAGCUGAUACCAAGAAGCCCUCAGUAUCACAUACAGCAGUUCCACAGUGAUAAACUCCACUUUCAGAAGCAGCAUAAUUUACACAAUUACACACUGUUAUGAUUGAACAGCAGAAAAAGUAUUUUCUUGUUGAGUUAAUUAAACUUGACAUCUCAAGGCCUUCAUUAAAUGUGUUAUUUUCAAAGUAAGUUUAAACAAGGAUUUGGCCACUGGAUUUGACCACUGAUAAAAGAAUCGCCCUUUAUCAAACACGUUGUUCAGGCAAACCAAAGGUUGGCUUCAUUUCAUUUGCACUCCAGAAUAAGACACAUGUACAGUAUAUUCCUAAAUGUAAUGGACUGACCUGCAAUUUUUAGGACUGACUUCAAGAUUUGUCAUGUUGGAUUUGUUCUUGUAAAUACAGCUAUCUGUGAAGAAUUUGGAUAUGCUGAUAUAAAAAUCAUUUUCACCA